AAGCUAUUAUGUACAAUUGAGUUACUAUUGAUCAGUGGACUGUCAUAUAUUUACAAAUCUGUUAUAUUCCAGCGCUUAUGUUGUCUCAUUGCUUCACACUGCACCCUCGGAGUUUUCAGGCGAACUCAGUUCAAAACAGCAGAAUCACCAGGAAACUGAUUAUCCGGAAAAUGUGUUUCUUUGAGUGCAAAUUGUUCAUUUAUUCAACUCGAAGGAGUGUUCGAGUAAAAGGAGUUGUGUACUAGUAUAUACUAUAAUUAUUUUGGUGAUGCUUCUAAAUUGACAAUAGAACCUUAUUCAUACCUGCAUGGACGAGUAUCAAGAGAGUAUAUGGUAUCGUCUAUAGUAAGAUCGAAAGUGGCUUUUCAAAGAGUAAAAAGGAAAGUAAACAUUUGGACCAUUUGAUGAGUAAAAGCAUUGGAUGUAAAAUCAAUACCUAAGCACUAUUUGAUGAAAAUGUGAAAAGUAUUAACAGUUUUAAUUAGUAAAAGAGGGACAGCUGUUAAUCUGACUUCAAAAGGGAUGGAGGUACCUCACCUCGCUGUGUGUCGUCUGCGUUUUAAUGGUAACAAUGAUAUAUAAUGGUAUCUUUUGUGUUUUGUCUGUGGAUACUUUUGACCGCCGCUAUUGCAGCAGUUUGGUCUGUGAGCCUGCUACAGCCGGUGUGGGUUCUUCACCCAGACAAUGUUCACUCGUUUGGACUACAGAAAUACUGUGUUAUAGACACCCAGGAGAGAGGGGAUCUCCAUGCCAGUGCGUUACAGAGGAAGUGCUUACCCUAUGGGAAAGAGUUACACAUUGGAAACAUUCCAUCAGGAACAUGGAGGGCGGCAUUUCUUCUCUUUUCUUCUGGAAUUCUCCUUUUCAUUGCUAGUGUACUUACUGGGCUAAUGUCGCUAUUCAUCCAAGGAAAAUGGGAUAAAUAUGUAUCCAUAACAACGAAAUACAUCCAAUCAACUGCAGUGCUUGUCGUCAUGUCCGCUCUUCUGACCUACCCCCUAGGAUUUGGAAGCCAUUUCUUCCGGUACUAUUGUGGAUCCGGGGCAGGACCCUAUUACACGGGGCAGUGUAGCAUGGGGUGGAGCUAUAUGCUGGCCAUAAUGGGCGUGGCUUUGUCCGUCUUCUGUCCAAUCUUAUGGAGUUUUAGGUGGAUUAAGCGUGAUGAGGUCAUGGAAGGAAUACCCGUUUAACUGUGAACUUGGACAUAGAGUACUAGAACAUAUUAUUUCAUAUCAUUCCGUGAAUUUGCUUCAUAUUAUAUAUAUUAAAAUUAUGUUAAUA